GUCGCGUCGCGUCGCAUCUGGAGUCGGGCGCUCGCUCUUGGCUCCGGCUUCUCGGCUUCAGGGCCCGAAAGCGGACGCUUGCCAGCGGCUCCCCGAACCACCCGGGCGCUGCAGCGUCGCGCGACGCUCUCCUCCGCGCCCAGCGCCAUGUCCUGGAUGUUCAAGAGAGAUCCUGUUUGGAAGUACUUACAGACUGUCCAAUAUGGAGUCCAUGGGAGUUUUCCACGCCUCUCAUAUCCAACUUUCUUUCCUCGUUUUGAAUUUCAAGAUAUUAUCCCUCCAGACGACUUUCUAACUAGCGAUGAAGAGCUCGACUCAGUUUUGUUUGGGACUUUGAGAGGGCAUGUGGUUGGACUACGAUAUUACACAGGAGUUGUUAAUAAUAAUGAAAUGGUUGCAUUACAACGAGAGCCCAGUAACCCUUAUGAUAAGAACGCAAUUAAGGUGAACAAUGUGAAUGGAAAUCAGGUUGGCCACUUAAAGAAAGAUCUUGCAGCUGCUUUGGCCCAUAUCAUGGACAACAAGUUGGCACAAGUUGAAGGGGUAGUUCCUUUUGGUGCAAACAAUGCUUUUACCAUGCCUCUGCAGAUGACUUUCUGGGGGAAAGAAGAAAAUAGAAAAGCGGUUUUAGAUCAGUUAAAGAAACAUGGAUUUAAAUUGGGUCCUGCACCAAAAACUUUAGGAUUCAGUUUGGAAAGUGGUUGGGGCUCUGGAAGAGCUGGACCAAGUUAUAGUAUGCCAGUUCAUGCCGCAGUACAGAUGACAACUGAACAGCUUAAAACAGAAUUUGACAAAUUGUUUGAAGAUUUAAAAGAAGAUGAUAAAACUCAUGAAAUGGAACCAGCAGAGGCUAUUGAAACACCAUUGCUUCCACAUCAGAAACAAGCUUUAGCUUGGAUGGUCUCACGAGAAAACAGUAGAGAACUUCCACCAUUCUGGGAACAGCGAAAUGAUAUAUAUUAUAAUACAAUAACAAAUUUCUCUGAGAAGGAACGACCGGAAAAUGUUCACGGAGGAAUCUUAGCUGAUGAUAUGGGUUUGGGCAAAACUCUUACAGCCAUUGCAGUCAUUCUUACCAACUUCCAUGAUGGUAAACCUCUUCCUGUUGAAAGAACUAAAAAGAAUCAGCUAAAGAAGGAAAGUAAUGUUAAGGACGACUCUGUGAAAUUUGGAAGAAACAAUACCAAUGAAAAGAUGGAUGGAUUAAUCAGAGGAGGAUCUAGAUGUGGUGGAGAAUCCAGUAUUUCAGAUGUCAGAGAAAAAAAUAAAUAUUCUAAGACAGAGUUACCUAGCUCCCGCCCUAAAAGAAGAAAGAUUGCUGUCCAGUACAAUGAAAGCAGUGAUUCAGAGGAAAUUGAAACAAGUGAAGUACCACAGAAAGGGAAAGGCAAACUAAAAAAUGCCCAAUUGGAGAAUAAAAGAGUAAAAGCAGGAUCAUCUAAGGUAAAAGAAGAUACAGAGUUUGCAUGUGCACUCUCUUCAUCGUCCCCUGCAACCAAAAAGAAAAUGGUGAAAAAGGGAGCAUCUGCAGUGGAGGGUUCAAAGAAAACUGAUACUGAAGAGAGACCAAGAACAACACUCAUUAUCUGUCCACUUUCUGUCUUAAGCAACUGGAUUGAUCAGUUUGGACAGCAUAUUAAAUCAGAUGUACACUUGAAUUUUUAUGUUUAUUAUGGUUCUGAUCGUAUUAGAGAUCCAGCCUUGCUUUCAAAACAGGAUAUUGUUUUGACUACAUAUAAUAUUUUAACUCAUGACUAUGGGACGAAAGGUGAUAGUCCAUUGCAUAGUAUAAGGUGGCUGAGAGUGAUCCUGGAUGAAGGACAUGCUAUUCGAAACCCCAAUGCUCAACAGACAAAAGCUGUACUUGAUUUAGAAUCAGACAGAAGAUGGGUAUUGACAGGUACUCCGAUCCAGAAUUCUUUGAAGGAUUUGUGGUCUCUUCUUUCUUUUUUAAAACUUAAACCAUUUAUAGAUAGAGAAUGGUGGCAUAGAACAAUACAGCGCCCUGUUACAAUGGGAGAUGAAGGAGGACUUAGGCGUUUACAGUCUCUAAUUAAAAAUAUUACACUUAGAAGAACAAAGACAAGCAAAAUUAAAGGAAAACCUGUUUUGGAGUUACCAGAACGUAAAAUAUUUAUUCAGCACAUUACACUUUCAGAUGAAGAGAGAAAGAUUUAUCAGUCAGUGAAAAAUGAAGGAAGAGCCACUAUUGGAAGGUACUUUAAUGAAGGGACUGUCCUUGCACACUAUGCAGAUGUUCUGGGUCUUUUGCUUAGAUUGCGGCAGAUUUGUUGUCAUACUCACCUUCUGACAAAUGCAGUGUCUUCUAGUGGUUCAUCAGGAAAUGAUACCCCUGAAGAAUUGCAAAAGAAGUUAAUAAGGAAAAUGAAGUUAAUUCUGAGCUCAGGUUCUGAUGAAGAAUGUGCAAUUUGCUUGGACUCUUUAACGGUUCCUGUCAUAACGCGUUGUGCACAUGUCUUUUGCAAGCCCUGUAUUUGCCAAGUCAUUCAGAAUGAGCAGCCACAUGCUAAAUGCCCUUUAUGCAGAAAUGAUAUACAUGGAGAUAAUUUACUAGAAUGUCCUCCUGAAGAAUUGUCAUGUGAUACUGAGAAAAAAAACAAUACAGAAUGGACAUCCAGUUCAAAGAUUAAUGCACUAAUGCAUGCAUUGGUUGAAUUAAGAAAGAACAAUCCCAACAUAAAAAGUUUAGUUGUUUCUCAGUUUACAACAUUCCUGUCUUUAAUAGAAACACCACUCAGAGCCUCUGGAUUUGUGUUUACUCGUUUGGAUGGUUCCAUGGCCCAGAAGAAAAGAGUUGAAUCCAUUCAGUGUUUCCAAAACACUGAAGCUGGAUCUCCAACUAUAAUGCUUCUCUCCUUAAAAGCUGGUGGAGUUGGCCUGAAUCUCUCUGCAGCUUCUCGAGUAUUUUUGAUGGAUCCAGCCUGGAAUCCUGCUGCUGAAGAUCAGUGCUUUGACAGAUGCCAUAGACUUGGCCAGAAACAAGAGGUUAUCAUCACUAAAUUUAUUGUGAAGGACUCUGUUGAAGAAAAUAUGCUGAAAAUACAAAACACAAAGAGAGAACUGGCAGCUGGAGCUUUUGGAACUAAAAAGUCAAAUGCGAAUGAAAUGAAACAAGCUAAAAUAAAUGAAAUCAAAACUUUAAUUGAUUUAUAAUAUGUGAGAUUUGGUAAGGUCAGUUUGGUCAGAUAUCUUAUCAAAGUUUUGGAAAUGUGAAAA